AUGGAUUCUUCUAAAUUGGAAUCACUGUUUGAACAACAAACGAAAUUAAUAGAAACGUUCGUCAACCAACAGACUGGUCCAACUUCCCCUUCAAGCAAUCUGAAUCAUACCAUGCUACCAUCUGUCGACGGCAUUGUGAAUAGUAUUUCACAAUUCAACUAUAAUCCAGAUGCUAAUGUCACUUUUGACACAUGGUAUCAAAGAUAUGAGGAUUUAUUCACAGUUGAUCUCGCCUCACAAGACGAUGCCUGGAAAGGUGCGAGUGUUAUUACGUAA